AUGCUUCUGUUAGCAUCAUCAUCAUCAUCAUCCCCUUCUCUCACUCUCCCUUCACUCUCCCACUUUCAUCAUCCUCUUCUUUCUUCAUUUCAUCGCCCUUCUCUCCACCUUCACUUUCCUUCCCAAGCAACCCCACUUCGCCUCCAUACACCACCAUCCCUUCCUUGCUCCCUUAAUUCUUCUUCAUCUGUGGAACAAUCUGCUUCAUUUUCUCAGAAUAGCUUGUUGUUCUCCAGAGCUUAUUGGGUUACUGAAUCUCUCAUUGCUUGGAACGAGGAUGUUGCAAAUGGGUUUUCUUGUUGCCUGAUUGCCAGCAAAAAUGCUUCUUUGACCAUUGCAAAUUGCCAAAUUCAAGGUGAGGAUUUGAAAAUUGAGCUUGAAGAGGAUAGAGCUGGCCUUCCUGCAAAUGUAAUCUACCCUUUUGUCCCUGACAUCCUUAGUAUAUUUCUAAAUGCUAAAGUGGUGGAGAAAUUUCCUCAUAUUCGAGGUUACAAAGCUUACAAACUGCCGGCCACUUUUGAUGUAAAACCUCUUCUUAAAUCCCAGUUAGCGGUUGCAAUUUAUGAUUCUGAAUAUAAAUGCAGGAAUUGUACUGGUUUACAGUUACCUGGUGUUUUAGAUGAGCUUUUCUCGUAUAAUGGUCCUCUUGGUGCACAUUUCUCAGAGGAAGCUGUGUCACUUUACCUAAUUUCAUCGGACGGCAAGCGGACUUUUCUGCUUAAUAUUGGUUCUGAUGAGUUGAAACCCGAUGGAUGGGAUAAUCUGGCAAACGAAAAACCUACUCUACAGUCUUUCACUGAUAUAAGCAUAUAUGAAAUGCAUAUAAGGGAUUUUAGUGCCACUGACCUCUCUGUCCAACCCGAAAUUCGUGGUGGUUAUCUGGCCUUCACAUUGCAGUUAUUGGGUCACUCCUCUGGCUCUUGCAAAUUGUCCUAUCAACUGUCCAAUACUCUUUCUCAAAUUCCAUGUGUACUUCAUCUGAAGAGAUUAUCAAGUGCUGGUAUCACGCAUGUCCAUCUAUUGCCAACAUUUCAGUUUGCUGAGGUUGAUGAUCAAAAGGAGAACUGGAGUUUGCCACCUGAUUCAGAUCAGCAACAAGCUCUCAUCACAGCCAUCCAAAACUUUGAUGGAUACAACUGGGGGUACAACCCUGUUCUUUGGGGCGUUCCUAAAGGCAGUUAUGCAAGUAAUCCUAAUGGUCCAUACCGAACAAUUGAGUUCCGAAAGAUGGUUAAGGCUCUUAACCAUAUUGGCCUUCGGGUUGUGUUGGAUGUUGUCUACAAUCAUUUGCAAGGAAGUGGGCCUUUUGAAGAAUACUCUGUCCUUGAUAAGAUUGUUCCAGGUUACUUUUUAAGAAGGAAUAGUGAUGGUUUCAUUGAGAACAGUACUUGUAUAAAUAACACUGCUGGUGAGCACUUUAUGGCUGAGCGUAUGAUCCUUGACGAUCUUGUACACUGGGCAGUCAAUUACAAGAUUGAUGGGUUCAGAUUUGACCUCAUGGGUCAUAUAAUGAAGAGCACAAUGGUGAAAGCAAAAACUGCUCUCCAUUGUUUAACAAAAGAAAAGGAUGGAGUUGAUGGUUCAAGUAUCUACAUGUACUUGUUCCCCAUCAUUGGUUUUUAUGAAUUAGAGUCAUAUGGUGAGGGAUGGGACUUUGGUGAAGUUGCCAAAAAUGGACGAGGGAUAAAUGCUUCUCAGUUCAAUCUCCCAGGAACACAAAUUGGGAGCUUUAAUGAUCGAAUUCGUGAUGCCAUACUUGGUGGAUCUCCUUUUGGCAACCCUCUUCAACAGGGUUUUGUGACUGGGCUUCUCUUGCAGCCUAAUGGCCAUGAUCAUGGAACAGAAGAAAAUGCAAAAUCCAUGCUUGCUGCAUCAAUGGAUCACAUCCAGAUUGGAAUGGCUGCGAACUUGCAGGAUUAUUUGUUAACCAAUUGUGAAGGGGAAGAGAUUUGUGGUUGUGGUGGUGAUAUGUGUAAUGAAAGAGAUGGCAAUGCUUUGAUGACAAUGGUAACAGCUGCAACUAAGGUUAGCAACCAGAUGCCAGCUGGGGUGAUGAUGAUAGAGAGUUUAGAAAUGGUUCUUGUAGUAAAAGGGUCGGAAAUAUUAACAUAUGAUGGGGCACCUGUUGCAUAUGCCUCGGUGACAAUGAUAUGUGUGGUGGCAGCUUUGAUGACAAUGGUAACAGCUGCAACUAAGGUUAGCAACCAGAUGCCAGCUGGGGUGAUGAUGAUAGAGAGUUUAGAAAUGGUUCUUGUAGUAAAAGGGUCGGAAAUAUUAACAUAUGAUGGGGCACCUGUUGCAUAUGCCUCGUGCCCCAUAGAGACUAUCAAUUAUGUGUCUGCUCAUGACAAUGAAACCCUAUUUGACAUUGUGAGCUUAAAGACUCCAAUGGAUAUCACUGUAGCUGAGAGAUGCAGGAUAAACCAUUUGGCAACCAGUAUUAUAGCAUUAUCACAGGAUAGCAUAGAGUUGAACAUAUAUGAAGACACCAAGGGUAUACCAUUUUUUCAUUCUGGAGAUGAGAUACUCCGCUCAAAAUCACUGGACCGAGAUUCAUACAAUUCUGGUGAUUGGUUCAACAGACUUGAUUUUACAUACAAUAGUAAUAAUUGGGGUGUUGGACUACCUCCUCGAGAGAAAAAUGAAAGGAACUGGCCUCUAAUCAAACCAAGACUAGCAAAUCCAUCCUUCAGGCCUCAGAAGAUUGACAUCCUUGCUACCCUGGACAAUUUCUUGAACCUGCUGCGUAUAAGGUACUCUUCACCACUUUUCCGCUUGAAGACAGCAGAUGCUAUCCAGCAACGAGUAAGCUUUCACAAUACAGGACCUUCAUGGGUUUGUGGAGUCAUAGUGAUGAGCAUUGAAGAUGGUAACGAUGGCUUUCCUGGGUUGUCUCAGCUGGAUCCCAUAUAUUCCUUCAUUGUGGUUGUUGUCAACGCAAGUCCAAAAGAAGUAUCGUUUGUUAGCCCUACCCUGCACUCGAGAAGUCUCCAAUUGCAUCCCAUACAGUUUGGUGAAUUAGUCAACUUCAAUGUUAGGGAAAAUCUUGCAGAAACUCAGUUUUUGGACAAGUUUCAAGUGGCCUUUCUUGGAGUUCAUAAUCUAGUAUCUUCAUCCGAUGACCUAGUUAAGAGCUCAAGAUAUGAGGCAUCUUCUGGCUGUUUUGUUGUGCCUCAUAGGACAACAGCUGUGUUUGUGGAGCCAAGGAAAACCUGA